AUGGACGAAUACGAAGAGAUGUACGGGAUUGAAGAUGAUUUUGAACGGCAAUUUGCGGAUGAGUUAGAGGUGAUGGCGGAGAUGGAUUUUGACCCCACACCUUUUACAAAAGUGUCUCAGCUCCGAAAUAAGCAGCCUGUUCCACAGUCAUUCGAGGAGGCGAUCUCGGUUGGUGACCAGCUGUUGAACCGGCCAGCCGGAACUGGCAAACGACAAGAGCUCCACUCAGACGUCACAUCGCGCGUCUCUCCCUUAAGGCAAGAUGAUGAAGAAUCACUGACCCCUAAAGCUAAGAAACGGAAGCAAGAUGUUGCCAAAAGACUCCAGUUUAGCCAGAUGCAUGAGGGUGAUGACAUCACUCCCCCCUCGUCCCCUGAGGUUUAUGAGAGGUUGGAAAACAGAAGGACCGAGGUGUCCAUGCCCCUCUCUCCUAAUACGCUGCCUGUUUCCGCGGUUCCUAGUGUUUUGGAUAUUAGUGGUCUGGCAGCCUUGCAACAGUCACCUAGAAGCGUUACCACGACAACAUGCCAUGUACUUAAACGUCCCCCUGCAACAGGAGAUUACAUCAGUGUCACAGAUUCUCAGGGAAACAGAGUCUAUCUGAGCAAAAAAGAAGAGGAGGACAAGGCACCGGAUCCCAGGGCUUUCCGAAACUCCCAGAAUGCGCUGGGACUACUGGCGGUCCCGAUCGAAGUGCUAAAGGAACAAGUGGCAGAGAGACGUCAUCGCCAGGUGGUCGAGGAGUCUCAGCGACUGACUGAACUGCUUAACAGUGGCAUAGAUCCAGAGCUUUUGGCAGAGGAAGAGCCAGAGGGCGGAGAGGAUAAUGAUGAUGAUGAUGAAGGUCGCUCAUCUAGGCUUUGGGUGGAUCGCUUUUCCCCAAAGCAUUACACAGAGCUACUGAGUGACGAUUUCACUAAUCGUUGUCUGCUGAAAUGGCUGAAACUUUGGGAUACGGUGGUUUUUGGGAGAGAAAGAAAACCCCGUGCCCCUGCCCCUGAAGUCAGACCCAGUGGCCAGAACGCACAAAACCAGAACCAAGCUCAGCGCUUCAAAACCAAGAGCCAAAUCACGGAGGAGAUACUGGAAGCCGAGCUAGACCAGUACAAACGUCCCAAAUACAAGGUGGCUCUGUUGUCUGGUCCUCCGGGGUUGGGGAAGACUACACUAGCAUAUGUCAUCGCAAAACACGCUGGUUACAACGUUGUGGAGAUCAAUGCUAGCGAUGAUCGAAGUGCUGAGUUGUUCCAGAAGCGUAUCGACACAGCAACACAGAUGAAGUCAGUCUUGGGAGCCAAUGAGAGGCCAAACUGCCUGAUUAUUGAUGAGAUUGACGGGGCUCCUACCGCUGCCAUCAAUAUCCUGUUGGCCACCAUUAACAGGAAGGAUAGUCGUGAGGAAGCAGAGUCAGGCGCCAACACACUAAAGAAGAAGAAGAAAAAAGAGUCUGUGCUGCUUCGGCCAAUCAUCUGCAUCUGCAAUGACCUCUAUGUUCCAGCUCUGAGGCCGCUGAGGCAACAAGCGUUCCUAUUGGCUUUUCCCCCGACACAGCCCUCCCGCUUAUCUCAGAGACUGGCUGAGAUCUCACGGCUGCAGGGUAUGAAGGCAGAUACAGGUACUUUGAUGGCCCUCUGUGAGAAAACAGAUAAUGACAUUCGUGCUUGUAUCAACACACUACAGUUCUUACAUGGGCGUGGACAGAAGCAACUGGACCAGCGUACAGUGAGCAGUAUGACUGUGGGACUUAAAGACCAGAACAAGGGUCUAUUCUCGGUGUGGCAAGAAAUCUUUCAGCUGCCACGACUCAAACGGAAGCGGAUUGGUGCAGACCCGUACAUAGGGCUGGUGGAGGCGGGGCUUAAAGAGGGAGCUCAGAGACUUCAGAACAUCCUCCAUCUGGCCUCAUCCAACGGAGAACAUGAGAAAGUUUCCCAGGGCCUGUAUGAUAAUUUCCUCAGUAUGAAGAUGAAGGAUCCUAACAUGUCGGCUGUGUGUUCAGGACUGGACUGGUUGUGUUUUUCUGACCUGUUAAACGAGUGUGUUAUGCAUGGUCAGAACUACUCACUCAUGCGGUACCUCCCCUUCCUGCCCGCCGCCUUCCACUUCCUGUAUGCAUCCAACUCUGUCCCACGUAUCAACUACCCCAACAGUCAGUAUGAGGCAUUGACCCGUACUCAACACACCAAGAACGCCAUGGUUGCCAUGUUGGCUGAGAUCCCUCCUGCAGUGCGGUGUCGUGUUAGUCUACACACUCUGUGCUUGGACAUGCUUAGUCUUCUACUGGAACUCAUCUGCCCCAAACUGCGACCAGUAAAUCCUCAGCUUUACAGCACUAGAGAGAAACAGCAGCUGUGUGAUCUAAUCGAUACGAUGAUCAAUUACAACCUGACCUACAGACAAGACCGCACACCAGAGGGUCAAUACAUUUAUGUGCUGGAGCCUAAUGUGGAGGAUGUAGUGCGGUUUACAGGCCUGCCACCUCGUCGACAACUCACUUACCAGGCAAAGCAGCUCAUCGCCAGGGAAACAGAGCUCGAGAGGAUGAGGAGAACAGAGAGAGCUCUGCAGAAACGCAACACACACAAGACAGAGGAGGUGAAAGAGGAGAAAGUGGAAACUCAGAAAAAGGAGGUAAAGAAGAUGACCACCAAGAACCACCAGCAGAGACUGGAGAACAUUGUCAAACAGACAACAGUGGAGAGCAAACCGGAGUUAGAUUUUUUUGGACGAGCCAUCAUACCAAAAGAGAAGCCGGCAGUCACCACAACCACAGGGGAUGAGAGUAAAGUAGGUGGAGCUCUGCAGAUAGGAAAGGCCGUCGGGAACAGUGACGUCUGGUUCCGCUUCAAUGAAGGCGUGUCCAACGCAGUGCGGCGAAAUGUGUACAUCAGAGAAUUGCUCUGA